AUGAAGUUGAACAUCGCGUUACUUGUUUUGUGCGCGUUGUGCCUCGAGGAAACUCGUAGCGCGAGAAUUCUGGCGAUGAUCGCGACACCGUCGUACAGUCAUCAGAUCCCGUACAGAAAAUUAUGGACGAGUCUGCACGAACGUGGCCACGAAGUCGUCCUCGCUACCACGAAUCCUAUUCCUAAUAUCAACUCGACGAGAUUUAGGCAGAUCGACAUAAGUGAAAGUUAUGGCAGUUUCCGAGCUACCAGCUUCCUCAAGCUUCGAUUCGAAGGGGUAUCUUGGUUAAGGUUCGCGCAGGAGAAUUUGUUUCCAUUGGUCGAUGUUUUCACCGAGCAUUUACUGAACAACACGGAAAUGCGACGACUGUACGCGCCCGAUAGCGAUGCAAAGUUUGAUGUGGUUUUGACAGAGUUUCUCUACAUGCCGGCCACAUAUGCUAUAGCGUACAGAUUCAAAGCUCCUCUCAUAGGAUUAAGUUCAUUAGGGCUAGUUUCCCUAAAUGAGUUCGCACUGGGUGGAUUCGUGCUACCUUCACACGAGUACACGUGGGAAAUGGAGGCGAAUACAGGCACGAACUUAUCAUUCUGGCAGAGGUUGCGGAAUUUCGUGAACUUGUGGAAAAUAACAUAUUUAUUGUACCACGAUCUAUUUCCCCGUCAGCAAAAGAUGGCUGAACAUUACCUUGGGAUGGAAUUACCUCCGUUAAUCGAUAUUAUGAAGAACGUUAGCCUUCUGUUUGUGAAUCAAGCGGAGGCUCUGACGCCGGCUCGUCCGCUGCUGCCGAAUAUGAUCACCUUUACUUCUUUCCAUAUCGAGAAAAAUCCUCCUCCUGUACCGAAGGACCUGAAGCGUUUUAUGGAUGAGUCCAAAGAAGGAUUCAUCUACAUGAGCCUCGGUAGCAACGCCAGAAGCGCGGACAUACCAAUGCACGUUAAACAAAUAUUCUUCGACGUAUUCUCAAAAUUACCCUACAGAAUCGUUUGGAAGUACGAAGAAGACUUUCCGGUAAAACUGGACAACGUGUUCACUGCAAAGUGGUUACCUCAGCAGAGUAUUCUUGCUCAUCCCAACAUCAAGCUGUUCAUAUACCAGGGCGGAUUGCAAAGUACGGAAGAGACUGUUAGCUUUACGGUGCCAGUCUUAGGCUUUCCGGUGUUGGCUGAUCAAGAUUAUCAGACGAGUAGAAUGGACGUACUCGGUGUUGGAAAGCGCUUGGAAAUCACGACUGUCACGAGGGAAGAGUUAGAUCAUGCUAUUAAGGAGAUUAUUACCAAUAAAGAGUACAAGGAAAGGAUGAUCAAACUCAGAGAGCUCAUUAGAGAUGUUCCAUACGAUGCAGUAGACAAUCUCGUGUGGUGGACCGAAUAUGUGAUUCGUCACAAGGGUGCACCUCAUCUUCGUUCAACUCUAACCUCGCAACCUUGGUACCAACGUUACGACCUAGACGUAGUGGUGUUCUUAUCAAUCGUAGCAUUCGUGAUCGUAUCGACGUUGGUGAACAUAAUCGCCAGGAUAAUCGUGCGCAUUCACAAGCAACUGUUAAGCUCUACGACACAAAAGAAAAAGAUAAGUUAA